AUUCAACUUUUAAUCUUCACGACCUUGUAUUUUUAACGAAGCGCCGGUUACAAAAUUUGGCAAAAUUUUAAAUAUUCAAAUUACAAAUUCUUUAAAUUACCCUGAAAAUCAACCUAGGACAGGAAUGUCUGUAUCCCCAGAUUCUUUUGUUGCAGGACACCAUGGGUCAGAGCCAAUGACGAUGGGAACUCCAACAAGUCCUACCAGCCCAGGCCACACGUCACAGUACCUUCCAAGUUACCUGCUAGGUGACUCCAUGACACAUUCAGUAUCUCCUGUUUCAUCUCGACUGUGGUCAGGGAGUGGAGGAAGUCCGCCAAGAUCCUCACACCGGGCCAGUUCUCUCACCUCACCAAAUAUAUCUGGAUUUCAGCAUGGAACUCCAAGGCUUGAAACAAGUAUGAGAGGGAAGGAUAAAGCAGGUGCUCCACCAAUCAGAAGUCUGCUGCAGAGUACAAGUCCUGCCCAUGCUGGUGCUAGCAGUCCAUUUGCCACACCCACACAGUACCCAACAAGAACACCAGGAUUAUCUACCCCUGCUCCACCCACCACAGGUCUGUCGCAUAGUUUACAUGAGACAAUGUAUGCUACACCUGAACAGUCAGGAUUAAACACUUCCAGAAUACCUACUUCACCUGCACAGCUAGAUCCAUUUUAUACACAAGGGGAAUCACUCACCACAGAUGAUGUAUUAGAUGAAACUUGGAUUACAGUUUUUGGUUUUCCGCCACCAGCUGCGUCCUAUGUUCUACAACAAUUCUCACAAUAUGGAAACAUCCUUAAACACGUGAUAACUACAGAAGGCAACUGGAUGCAUAUACACUAUCAGUCAAAAAUACAAGCCAAGAAAGCACUUAGUAAAAAUGGUAAAAUCCUUGGUAACAACAUAAUGGUAGGAGUGUCACACUGCAUAGAUAAGAAAGUGAUGGAAGGAGAAAAAGAGAAUGAUCCUGUAAAUACAUCAGUAUUUAGUACACCAAACAGUCACUUUACAUCUACUCCUAGUGGACAGCUCAAAAAUACACCUAUACGACCCCUUACAGCAGCAUAUAUGGCUGCAAGGAGUGAAAAUGAGGUUGUACAAAACAGUCAGGCACCAAAAAAAAGCACAGGGGUGAUAAGUAAAGCCAUGGAAUACAUGUUUGGAUGGUAGCAUCGAGGCAAAUAAUCGACAUUUCUUUGUUACAUAAUGAUGAAUUUGACAUCUUCAGGUACAAAAAUGACUGAAGGCCACUUUCACAGAGUGCAAACAUCAGACAUUUUGCGAUAAAUUUGUUAAAGGGAAAACUGAUUACAUUUGCUAAUGAAAUAUAAAAUCUUCUUGUAACCAAUGUUUAAUAUCAGAAUCUAUAGCACUGUACAUAUUUCUGUAUUUUCAAGAACAUAUUUGUAAAACAGUAUUUUUGCAUGUUAGUCAUAUUGAUCAAAAGAAAGUAAUAUGAAGUCAUUAGCGUUUGUGGAGUAUUAAUUUUUAUGAACUUCAUAAUGGAUAUUUAUGUUGGUGUCAAUCUAUGACAUAAAAUUCUAACAAGCAGAUUAAUAGUCCAUUGAUUUGAUCUUUAAAACUUGAAAUUAACAAGUUUAUGUCCUGUCGGAAUAGCUGUUAAAAUUGUAACUACUGUAUAUUCUGUAAUAUUCACGAUAGUUUUAGUUUUGAGAACAGAGCAACGCAGGAAUUUAAGAAAAUGUUAAUAUUAUUUAGAAUCAUUAAGAAGUAUACACAACCAGGAAGUGCAAUUUCUUAAAAACACAAAACAUGAAAUAAAAGUGAAGAGAAGGUAACCCAGUCUACAGCAUAUAAUAUUAUGCCAAUGAAAUUAUAUAUUUUAACAGUAUACAGUUGUUGGGAAAGUGCAAUAGUCAGCGAGAUAAUUACUUCAGUCUUCAGAUGGUACAGUAGCCAGAGUAAAACAAAUCAGAAUAUAUUUUACAUUUCAUUACAUUAUGUAAAAUUGUACACAUGUUAUUAAGGUGCAGAACCCAUAAUGGCAUUCGGUAAUUUUCAUAUUCUCCAUUUGCUUACACCUGCAGUCUAUAGGAAUACGGAAAGUGGUGUGCAUUUACAUGCUGCAUUUACAUGUAUGUCCAAAGAAUGCUGAAUUGCGUAACGGGAGAACGUAAUCAUCCGGAAAUUGCUGACUGCCAUUAUGGGUCCACUACCUUAAUAAUAAAUUGGAAAGUCUCCAGGAAGUGUAAACGCUGCUUGAAAUGUUUGAAUUUUAUGGAUAUUUAUUUUAGCAGUGCUGUAGUAUACUGCAUUGGGGCAAAUCAGUUUCCAAUCAAUACUAGACAAUUAUGUCUGGUUUAGUUAUUCUAUGCAUUCCAGGUGGGAACUUUCUUGAACUUCCCAAGUUAAAUCAGAAUCCUUUAGCAUUUACCUUUAAAGAUUAAUGUGAUAAAAAGUCCCUGUAAACAUGUUCAGCAGAACCCCUCUUUCUGAAGAGCUUCCAGACCAGGUUAAAAGUUUGAACGGUGGAAUCUGUGCUGCAUUACAUAAAUAGUUUUAUUAUAUACCUAUAUAAAUUCUGUAAAAAUUCGGCUUGUAUUUCACAAUUAAAUAUGAACAGACAGACAAAAAUUCCGUAUUGUACCUUUAAAAUUCCCUAUUGUAUCUUCCGUAUUGUAUGCUGCCGGACUAUUUUCAUAAAUAUGCAUGACUGACACAUUUCUGUAAAUAGCGCACAUAAGAACUUCACUUAGUUCCAUUUAAUAUCGAUAAACUUUAAGAUUUUGUUCAAGAAUGAAACAAGAAUCAAAACGGUAAAGGUAUAUAAUAAAAGGGUCAUUAUAACAUAGCUAAAUCUGGGACUUUGUAUUCGGCUCUCGUGGAUUUUGCAAGGUCGGAUCACACUCGGCGCUUGCGUGCCUCGUGAGAUCCAAUCUGGCAAAAUCCACUCGAGCAGAAUACUGCAUCCCAGAUCAAGCUACAGUUAUAAUAACCCUAUUAUAUUACCAAGCAACCUGAUACAUUUAUAUCUUGAUUUUGUUUAGAUACUGUUUCAGACAACAACUUUGAAAUUUUUAUGAACAUAUGCUACCAAAUAGAGCAAAUUUUGGUAAUUACAACUAAAAGAAAGUGCCAAAAUUGCAUUUACUUUAAAAUGUUUGAUUUUCAGGGAUAACUUUGUGUUGAUAGAGGUUUGGCCUGAAAAAAAUGUUUGCUUUCCAAGAAAGAGUGGUUCCAGUUUAAAAGGGGUAUUUUACCCAUGAAAUAAAGUCACAUUUCAAGACCAUAAAAUUGGUUCAGUUUGGAGGGGUUUCUAGUACUUAGGGAUUCAGGUGUGGAGGAGUUUAUUAGGAAUUCCUAACAAUAUUCUAGAGCUUUUUAUAAUGGAUGAUUAUUGUCUGAUUUUAAAUGUUUGUAAUUGCAGCAAUUUUGAAAUAAACAUGUAUCUAUUUUGCAAAAUAAAAAUAUGAAAAAUAA